CCCNNCUUGUCUCCCUCGUCUCCGCCUCCACCCUCACCGGCGCCACGCCGACGCCUCCGCCCUCCUCGACCACCCCCGCCCCCGACCGCGCGAGCUCCGGAGCAGUUGGCGUCGACAAGGAAGGGAGGUGAGGCGGCGGAGAUGUUCUCCGGCGAGUGGACGCCGCCGUGCGGCAGCUGCUGCACCAAGAAGUACGCCAGCCUCGUCCAAAUCCCAUGGAGGGUCUUCUGCAAGAAGGGGUGCGACGCGGACGGCGACACCUGGGACGAGUGCAUAAGUAAAUGUACGGAAAUAUGCUACAAAGAUCCUGUUUUGGAAGAUCACCAGUGGAGUGCAUAUAUCGAUCGGUCUCCAGGACAGGAUAGCUACUCCUUGGAGUGCUUCAAUGCUUGUGUUUCUGGAUGUGGAUAUAGGUUUGACAUACCAGCGGAGAAAGUGGAGCAAAUCAAACCAAACAGGCCAUCCAAGCCACCACCACCACCACCUCCUGCAGUAGAGCGGGCCACGAAUUCAGAACCUGCUGUGAAGGGUGAAGACGUGCCUUGCACAUCAGCAUAAUAGUAAUCUAUGCAGCCCCAAAUUUUGUGUAACUUUUGGUGCUUCUUUCCCUCAUACUGCCUCCUUUUUUUUCUCUUUUCUGGGCUGUUUCUUUGCACCAUGUGCUUGAAAUUCGCAGUCCACCUUAGGCUGGGCUAGAUGCUAACAAGAUCUUAACGAUAAAUCCCAAAAUCUUAUUUAUAUUUUCAUAUGCUUGUUCAUC